AUGAAUGAUGAUCUACCAUUUGAAACAGAGACAUCAAUCAUAAGUACAAUAGAUAAGUUUAAGAAUUACUUACAGAAAAAUCUCUAUGACAGUGAGAAAAUAGCAGAAAUGCAACGAAUGGUAAAUUUAAUUCGUUCAAAUAAUGAAAUUGAUUCAAUGUACAAUUCAGAUUUAAGAAGUAUGAACAAGCAAAAACAAAAUUUACUUCAAGAAAAGCAUCGCCAAUUAAUAAUAAGGAAAAAUGAAAUACAAACAACAUUAAAUAGCAUUACAAGUGAUCAAUUAGAUAUUGAAACCGAAUAUAAUCAAGAUGAUUUGCAAAUUACUAUCCAAAAUUACCAAAAUGAACUUGAAAAAACGAAAACAUUGACACAAUUUUAUUCAAUCAUCUAUCAAAUUCUACAAAAUUUAAACGAACAAUAUAAAAUAAUAUCAGAACAUAUAGGACAGUUAUCAUUUGAUAAAAAACAGUAUCAUGAUAGGAAAAUACAAGCUGAAAAAAUUCUUUCAUUACCAAUCCCGACUUACCUUGAAUAUUCUUCAAAUUUGACCAAUGAAAAUGAUUGUGGAGUACUAGAAAUUGAAGAUAUUGAUUAUUUAAAAAAUGAUAUUAGAAGAUCCUUGAUUUCAUUAGAAUCCUUAAUAAAAGAUAAUGAAAAGAGGAGAUCUCAUGUCUCGCAGCGUAUUAGAUCUAUUCAAAUUUCUAAAAAAACAAAUGAUGCAAAACAAAAAUUGAAAUAUUACUUGAUUAAUCAUGAUGAUCCAUCUGCAUUCCAAAAUCUGUAUGCAUUGAAAUCAAAUAGAUCGAAUGGCCGCGAUAAAAUUAAUCAAAUUUAUAGAGAUUUGAAUGAUUAUCAGAAACAGAUACAAAAUGACAAAGAAUUUGUUCAGAAUUCUCUUAAUAAGAAGUUAGAUAAGAUUAAAAGAAUGAACAAAAAGUAUAGUAUUUGUGAAAAAUAUUUAAUAUCAAUAUCAAGUUUAGAAACAAAAGUAAAAUCAUUGAGAGAAACAUUUUUACAUGAGCAAACAGAAAAGAAUAAACUUGUCAGGGCGCUUGAAGUCCAAGAAAAAAAUCGAGAAAGUAUAUUACUACAAAAACAUGAAAACGAAAGUCUUGUAUAUAUGAUCAAGUCAAAAGAGGCUGAAAUAGAAAUGAAGGAAAGAGCACUUAUCCAAAAAUCAAAACUUGUCGAAAGAUUAGUGAAUGAAAUUCAUCAAGCAGAAGCAGCGACUUUUAAGCAAGAAUAUAUCGUUGAAGGACUUGAAAAUCAAGUUGUUGAAUUGGAAAAGCAAAAGAAGUCGUAA